UUCAUGUCUGCGUAACUUGUAUGUGAGUGGUUUUUGGUUUCGUUAGUUAUCGCUACAAGGAGAAAUAAUUGGGCCGUAAUUCAGGAGUGAAAUUAAUAAAGUUACCCACUUCGUUCGAUACUUUAAUUCACAUUGAGAGUCAUGGAGCGUUGGGCGGGUCGAGUGGCCGUUGUUACGGGAGCUUCUUCAGGGAUCGGGGCUUCCAUCGCCGAAGCUUUGGCUCGGGAAGGAAUGAUCGUCGUAGGCUUAGCGAGGAGAAAAAAUCGCCUACAGGACACGGCCGAGGCCUUGAGUAUCGCGAAAGGGAAGCUGUAUCCGGUCCAAUGCGACGUUUCGAACGAGCAAGAAAUCUUGGAUGCCUUCAGAUGGAUCAGGGAUCAUCUCGGAGCAAUUGACGUCCUCGUGAACAAUGCGGGUGUCGCCCACUUCGCCCAUAUUAUCAGCGGGGACACGGAAGGCUUUCGGCGUGUACUGGAUGUCAAUGUCUUGGCAGUGGCCAUAUGCACACGAGAGGCAGUCGCGAAUAUGCGAGCUCGCCGAGUCGAUGGUCAUAUAAUAAACAUCAACAGCGUAACCGGACAUGCUAUUCCGAAUCUACCGAAUCAUCUGAGCCUUUAUCCAAGUAGCAAGUACGCAUUGACCGCCAUGACGGAGGUUGUUCGCCGGGAGCUAAUUUCCGCUAAAACGAACAUCAAAGUGACGAGUCUUAGUCCUGGACUGGUGAAGACCGAGAUCAUGGAGGCUGCAGAAUAUUGCGUGGAAAACACAGGAAGUCCCGAUGCUCCGACAUUGCAGGCCAAGGACAUCUCAGAUGCGGUUCUUUACAUACUCAGCACACCGCCAAACGUUCAAAUAACAGAACUGACCAUCCGACCAGUCGGAGAACAACUUUGAGUACGAUUUGGCAGAGAAGGAAAAUUUCUUGGUGGAAUUGCGCUGCCGAAAACGCUUCGGUAUUUUUGUUCGCCAUUUCCGUCGAGGGAAGACAAGACGAGACAAGACGCCUAUCUAACCGUACAUAGAACAGUGAAACCUCUGAUAUUUCCUGCCGUAACGGGAGAAAAUGAUCGAAGAUUGGCGAGUAUAACGAAGACUCGGACAUUACGUUGGUUUACCUUCUCCCUGCCGGUUUCCAAGUGUAACCAUCGUAACCAUCGAGCGAGCAAGCAUUAGCUGGUUCACCGCGGGAAAUUAAAUGUCGCAGAUUUAACUGUAUCUUUCCAUCACGGAUGAUUAUACAUACAUUACGAAGUUAUUACUCUUAGGUGAAAGGAAUCACGUAGUUAAAACCACGUGUUAUAAUGUGAAUUUAACUACGUUAUAUUUCAUUCUCGUCGACGAUAAGAGACUAAUUUAGUUCACUGUGACGAAGAUAUGUGAUGUACGCAUAGUUGUGAUAAUUAUUUUUCCAUACCGAUACAGCGAUUGUAAAAUCUUUCCUGAAAGCUAAUGAAGGUACUAGGUAUGUGUUUUUGUUAAGUUUAGAUACAUUUUGCAAAUAAAAUGACUUAAUCUUA